AUGGCUGGGGCAUCUUCCAUCACAGCGAGCUCUGGCAGCUCCCCCGCUGCCGCGCAGCCUUCUGGCACUAGUUUCAGCCAGCGCUUGGGUUCCACAGCGGCCAAAGUGGGGAAAAAUGUAGUGAGGCAUUCCGGGGCGGGAAUUGUGUGCGCUGUGGCGUACUUCGACCCAGGGAACUGGAGUGUCGAUCUGCACGCGGGCUCGCGGUUUGGUUUCGCGCUGUUAUUCUCCGUCAUGCAAGCGAGUUUUAUCGCCAUUCAAAUGCAGGGCCUUGCCACACGCCUGGGCUGCUACACUCUUUUCUGGCGAUGGGGUGUCCUUUACCCGCUCUACGCCUUGUCCGAGAUCGCCAUCGUCGCGACCGACCUCGCGGACCUUCUCGGCUCCGCUAUUGCGCUCACUCUUCUUUUCCCCGGCCUGCCAAUGUAUGCAGGCGUUGUUCUCACCGCGCUAGAUGUGCUGUUGUUGCUUGGUGUGAAGAACCCGGUUUCGGGUGCGCCGGCGAAGUCCUUUGAGUUCUUCAUCGUUGCUUUGAUCUUCGCCAUGCUUCUUUUCAUAGGGAUUGCCGUCUCAAAGGCCAGCGUACAAUGGGCAGCUGUACUCGGGAAUUUGCUCCCGUCGGCUGCCGCCUUCAGCCUCCCUGGCAGUUUCUACCUUUCCAUUGGUAUUAUCGGCUCGACCGUGAAGCCGCACACUCUUUUCCUCGGCUCCGCGCUCGCCACGCAGGAGCGCGAGACGGAGGAGGAGGCACUCGGCGAGAAGGAGGAGGCUUGGGCGAGCACCCCGACGCUCGGGGAGAAGACGCGCUCGUUCAUGACGAAUGUCAAAGCGGGUUUCUCCAGGGACAGCUUCGUCGGUGGUGCGAAGCGGGCGUUUGAGAACCGCUCAUUGGGAUUCGUGCGCAGGCAUUUGAUGCCUGGCGCAAUGGGACUGAACAUUGGUCUGUUCGGGAUGGCCCUCAUCAUCAACGCUCUGAUCCUCAUCCUCGCCAGCGCCGUCUUUUUCUACGGCCCUAAUGGGGGUCCUGGCCAUGGGGUUGCUACGUUCUUCGACGCGUACGACAUGUUUGUCGGUAGGCUCGGCCAAGCCGCCGCAACCGUGUUUGCGCUCGCGCUGUUGGCUGCGGGCCUGGGUUCGUCCAUCGUCGCCACGCUCGCCGGACAAGUCGUUUGCGAGGGCUUCAUCCGGUGGAAACUUUCUCCCGUGGUCCGCCGUCUGCUCACUCGUUCCCUCGGUCUGAUCCCGGCCGUCAUCAUCACCGCGGCGCUCGGGCGCGCCGGAGUCAGCGCUCUGCUCGUCGUCUCGCAGGUCGUGCUCGCCAUCGUCCUGCCCUUCAUCAUGGUGCCGCUGAUCUUGCUCACCUCGUCCAAGAAGAUCAUGACCGCGAAGGCCGCGGUCGGUGGCGGUAACACGUUGCACCAGGAUCUCGCGUCGCAGUCGACCAGCUCCUUAGCCACCGCGGGCAUGAUGGAGUCGAGGUCGGAGCUCAACUUGAGCAACCCGCAGCGGUGGCAAUCACAGACGACGCUGCAGGGCGUGCCCGAGCGGGCGAGCGGGACGGGGGACGUGGAGAAGGCGGAGGAGACGGAGGACUUCUCGAUGGCGAAGGGGUCGAUUGUCUUUGCGUGGGUGACGUGGGCGAUGAUCACGGGUGCGAACUCGUACACGAUCAUCCUGCUCGCGAUGGGCAAGAUGAACGGGCCGUCUGUCGUGGCGCGGACAUUCACAAUCAUCUGCAGGCCCUAG